AUGUGCUGGCUGUGGGCAUGGGGCCAAAUCCUCCUGCCAGUUUUCCUCUCCCUCUUUCUCAUCCAGUUGUUUAUUAGCUUCUGAGAGAAUCGUUUUUCCCACAUCUCCAGACACAGAGGCAAGCAGCAACCCAAAUCAGCAGAUGACGACGCAUGUGCCCUAAAGAAAAAUUGUCAGUGCACAGAAAACAAUAAGUGUUUUUGGUGUAGUAAAGAAAUGGUUUGCAAAAAAGUUUGUUUUCUGAACUUUGGGCAUCAAAUCAGUUAUACUUACUGGUUAAACUGUAGAGUUGACAUGUUUGGAUUCCUGAUGCUUCUACUCAUUGCAAUAUUAAUUACAGCAUUCAUUUGGUCUUGCUGCUUCUAUCACUAUUACCUGCAGGAGUAUGUAACCUCUAUAGUUCUGUAACUAUAUUUAUACCUUGAAAUAAUUACUCUAUAGUUUGAAUCUAAAAUUAUAAGAAAUCAUUUUAUCUGUUGUAAGAAUGCUUUUUGGGGAUAAUAUCAUUGAAGAAAAUGAUAGUCAUCAUGUUUUACCUUUUUAAUGUAAUAAAAAUAAUAUAUCCAUAUGAUAAAGAAAGAAGUUCAGAAACUACAGAAAACUGUAAAAUGAAAAGUUUAACUUUCUCACGCUCCACUCCACCUCUGAUAACCACCCCCAAGAAGGAAUCCUUUUAAUAUGAUUCUAUUUGUAGUUCUUCUUUUGGUUACCUCCAUAUAUUUGAACAAUAUGGUUGUAUCUCCUUUUCAUGAUUUAUUAACUUUAGAUGUUAUCUAUUGACUCCCUGUCAUGAAAGCUGAAAAAUUUAUCUUUCAGUAUCAGUAUUUUUGUUAUUUUGCUAUUAGUGGAUGGUAUUAUUCUGUUAUUUUUGAAUUGUAACUAUUUUUUUCAUUAUUAGCUCUUAAGAUUACUAGUGUUUCCUCUGUUGGGUUAUCUUUUUGGGUUUGAGUAAUCUAUUUAGUGCUCUACUUCUAUGUCUAUCAAUAUUUCUCCCAUUAUUUAAGAAAAUUUGGAACCCUAUACUUCCACCUAUUCUAUCCUCCCUCUAUCUCUUA